AUGAUACCAGCAUCUCACACUUGUCCUGAUUAUUGGGCAUUAGAAUAUGCUGGGUACUUGUUCGCUGCCCAUUAUUCACACAAGAAGACAAACUGGAUUUGCAUCGAUCAACAUGCAGAGUCUCUGUCCAGCAGCACUUCUUCACAAUCAUAUCUGUACCCUACUGAAGUUGAGUGUGGCAGUAUUUCAUGUUCAAGAACUUACGGUGGUUAUAUUCAAGACAAGGAAAUGACUUGUGCUGUUUGUCGUCCAAACAAUGAUCGUUUUUCAACUGUGUAUACUCAUUGGGGAAAAAACCAAUGCAAGUCAUCAACACGACAACUUUAUUCAGGAUUUGCUGCUGGUGGAUAUUAUAAUCAUGCCGGCAGUGGAGCUAACACACUAUGUCUUCCUUCUGAAGUGACUUUUGCUGAACACACAGGAACUAGUCAGGAUGGAGCUCUUCUGUAUGGCUAUGAAUAUUACACAUCAGGCUAUGGUCUCACUAGUUCCAGUUACCAGCAAGUGCAUCUCAAAGAGGUGCCUUGUUCUGUUUGUGAGAACAUCAACAGCUUCACUUCUUUGACUGUUUAUGGCAAAUUCCGUUGUCCGGCUGGGUACAAUAUUGACUAUCAUGGAUAUGUGUUUUCCAGUAGUAACAGUGACAAGAAAGGGCAAUAUGUGUGUGUGGACAAUCAAGCUGAAUCAUAUCCUAAUUCCCAAGGUUCAAUGUGGCACCAUUCCAUGUCCACCGUAUACUGGGAAUCGAGAAAUAGUGUGCACACAAUGUACCAAGCAGUUUAA